AUGUCGACCUUCGAGCCUGUCAUUGUCAUUGACGGCAAGGGACACUUGCUCGGUCGUCUUGCCAGCACAGUCGCAAAGCAGCUCUUGAAUGGCCAGAAAAUCGUCGUCGUCCGAUGCGAAGCCCUCAAUAUCUCUGGUGAAUUCUUCCGUGCUAAGCUCAAGUACCAUGCCUACCUCCGAAAGAUCACUCGAUACAACCCUACGCGAGGUGGGCCCUUCCACUUCCGAGCCCCAGCACGUAUCUUCUACAAGACUGUUCGUGGCAUGAUCCCACACAAGACCGCUCGAGGUGCCGCCGCCAUGGAGAGACUGAAGGUUUUCGAGGGAGUCCCACCACCAUACGACAAGAAGACUCGCAUGGUCGUACCUCAGGCCCUGAGAGUUCUCAGAUUAAAGCCUGGUCGAAAGUACUGCACAGUUGGCCGAUUGGCUCACGAGGUGGGCUGGAAAUACCAGGAUGUAGUUGCAAGACUCGAGGAGAGAAGAAAGGUCAAGAGCGCAGCAUACUACGAGAGAAAGAAGGCUGCCAGAAGACAACUUGCCCAGGCGCAGAGGACCACCGAUUCCAAGGCGAAGGAGAAGUUGGCCGCGCUCGGCUACUGA